GGCAUUGCGCAAAUCAAUACAGCGUACUUUUUGUCACAAUGUACAACGAUAAUAGCUAUUUUUUAAUAAUUGUAAGGGUAGUUUUAGGGUUGGAGUAUGUGUAUACUGUAACAAAACACAAUCUAAUAGGGAGAAAAAUUAAUUUAAUUGUUCGUUUCCGGUCUAGCCAGCCACAACCCGAAAAAUGAGACUGUCCUCGCUGCAGCCUGUAGCACGAUGACGUAGCUGGAUCAGAUCCAAUACGUACUGGACGUUGUUACGAGCAUGCGCGGUGGUGUGUUUCGGUAACGAUUCGGUUCGGUAAUGAUGAUGGAAUAGAGAGGAUAGUGCGCUAUUUGAUGAAAAAUAAAUCUCUGCCUGUGGACCUUCCUCAAAAUUUGGUUAGUGGUCUACAACAUGGAAGUGAAUUUAGACACCAACUAAUUCCUGAAGAAACAUUCUGCUCCGAAUGUGAGGGUAAUCAUGUUCUAAGCGAGCCAAUUAUUAUAACCUCACGAGCAAAGAUUCUGACCUUUACUGGGGUAGUUGAAGGAAUUUCAACUUACUACAAAGUAUGUAGCAACUGCAGAAUGAUGUACAGGUACCAGGAAUUCACUGAUGGUAUCCAUAACUUCAAUGACCACCUUCUGCUUUCUCUUCACUUGUGUGUAAUUCUUCGCAAUGCUCUUCAGAAUCACACUGCUGUCAGCAGAGUAAUGAGCAUACUUGAAGCCACUGCUAAAGCAAAAUUCCCCAGCAAAGACACAGUGCUCCAUGCUUACCUCCACUUUGAAGCCUUGAGCAGCCAUGUUUAUUCUUACACCUGCAUCAAUUGUGGAUAUUACCCCAAAGUGGUGAUUAUGGAUCUCCACAAGAAAGGUGUCUUCAGUAUUCCUUUCAGUGAAAUAGCCACACCACCAUCAGAUUUCAAGGGUGAUACAAACAUUGUCUCUUUUUGGGAAUCCGUAACGAUGGAGAUGAUUGGCCGGGGAUUUCUUUCAAGUGGCAGGAAAAAUCCCUUUGUAGUUUGCCCAAGUUAUGAUUGUUGGGCUCCUUGGAUUGGACCUAACACCCGAAAGUCAGACAUUGUUCUAAAUACUGAGCAUGCAAAACUACAAAAAACAAAGUCCUGUGAUGUUCCAGAUCUUGACGUCACAGAGGAAAGGUUAGGUGAUGAGCUCUUUAAUCUUAAGGUUGAUGCAGUGAGGAAGCUGUGCAAAGAAUGUGGAUUGGACACAAAGGGAUCAAGGAUGGAUCUUGUGUUACGUUUGCGAACAGAGAUGCAAAACCGUUCUGCGUACGACAAAAUCUUCCAGCAGAUUUGGGGUGCUUCUGGUGGCUGGGCAGUCAUUACAUGUCCAUGUGGAAUAGUGUAUUCCAUCAAAUUCAACAUAAGAGCAGAGUCUCCCAGAGACUUUGCAGACUUGCUGCUGAGUUGGAAGCACUUUCCUAAUGUGGUAAUAUACGACUUUGCUAGAGGACUUGCAGCACACGUUAAUCUACGGAAAGCAGAUUCUCUACCUUUCAGUCCCCAUGAAGGGAGACUUGCUGAACCCACUACAGCAAAUAUCCAGCUAGCAAAGGAAGGCAAGCUCAAAGUUAAUCUACCAUGGUUGAAAAAUAAGAAGGAGGAGGAGGAUAUCAACUGCCAUCCUUUGACAGGAUCAUCAGAGCAUUAUGCUCUGUAUGACAGAUUUCAUGAAUUUAACACCAAAGACCCAAGAGAUGCUCUUAGGAGAAUCCAAGUAGUCCCAGAACUCUGUGGAUGGGUAAAUACUCAAACCGCAGAGCAACUUUUUGGUUCAAUGCGCAAGAACAAUUAUUUCUUGAACAUGCUCACGCCAUCUGGACACACAUUUUUGAUGCGCAACAUCAUUCACCACUAUAACACAGCACAGAAUAAGAACAUGGAGGACAGCCUAAGAAAAAUUGUAUCACCAAGUGAUCAGUUAACCUUCAAUGGUUAUGGUCAGAUAGUACUGGGUACACCUCCACAGUCCCUAAAUGAUAGUGAAAGACACACCUGUGAUAUUACACAAAUAGACCAAGUACACUGCCCCAGCCAAGGUUCAGUGAUUGACAUGACAGCCCUACGAAAUGUGCAGCCAAACAGGGCAUGCUGGAUGCAUCCACAAAGCAGUGACCAAAUAAAGAUGAUAGAAAAUGCUUUAAAUGAAAAGGAAUCACGACAACAAUUUUUGGCUCAAGUAGGAGCAACAAUUCUGAACAGAUCAGAUUUUAUUACCUUGGGACAUCCAAAUGAUGUUGAAGGGACUAUUUUGAAUGCCUGCCUUUCAAUGGUCAGAGAUAUUGCUGAUUUAAAGAACAUAAAGGUCAAUUGUUUUAGCUCGUAUGUGACAGUGACAUGGUUGCCACCAUUGUGUGCAGACCCUUCAGCUAACUUACCUGACCAUAUAGCAGAAUGUGACUUCAUCUUACUCCCUUCCUGGGCAUCAAACCAUUGGAUGAUAUGUUACUUGCACAGCAACUACAUCCUGGGCUGUGGAAAGAGUAUGGACGUGAUGAUCUCAACGGUGCUCCAAGGCAGAAUUGGUCAAAUAAUUGUGGAGUGUUUGUGUUGAUGGUAGGAAGAAUUGUUUAACAAUAAGUAAUGUUUAUUUUCCUUGAUAGCUUUGUCAGAUUGCUGUCUUUAAUUGUUAAUUUAUUUUUUAGUUUGAGCAAAAUCAAUAUCCAACAAACUUAAGAUAUUGAUACAGUCAAACAAAACCAUUUAAAGUUGAUUACUAUUGUUUAUGUCUGUUUUGAUGUAACUUACUAUUAAUGUUACAGUACACACUCUAUGUUGUAAUGGGAGGCGUCUUUGAUUUUUCUGAGGUGAGCUAUCAAAAUUAAUAAUUUGGCAAAAAGUUUAUUCUCAAAGGGUGAUUGAUUUACAUUAUGCAUAUUUUCCAGUCUGACAUGGCUGCAGCAAGGAGAUGGUGGUGCUUGCUCCUGCUAACAAAUAAUCCUGUGAAAUCAGAUGCUGAAAGAAAGCUACUCAGAAAAAGGCGCAAAGAAAUGAAAACAGGAGAAUUGGAAAAGGAAGCAGAAGCUGAUUACAUAACAGAUGCCACCUGAGAUCCUGAGACAUAUCCUCUUGAAUGUGGUCAAAGAAGAUGGAGAUGUGGCCUUCUUCAGACUGUCUCUGAUGUGCU